GUGCGUGCGGACAGAUAACAAUGGUGGGGCGCAGCCGCCUGGCCCCCGCCCUCGCCUAGUGGAAGCGGGUGCCCCGCGGCCAGCGGCAGCUCCUCCGCCGCCCCGCCCUGCGGCGGCCCCGGGCCGCGGACCGCGUUGCUGCCGGCAGCGGUGCUCGGAGGCGAUGGUGCCCGCACCGGGGUUAGUCUGAUCGCCGCGUCUCCGCCUCGCUGCCUCCGGUGCCGGCGGCGCUCCCGCGGGGCCAGCCGCCCGCCGCCGCGCUCGCUCGGGCUCGGGCAUCCGAUAGAACUUGGGAGCCCCUCCAGAAAAAUAAUAGUAAUUAAUAAUAAUAAUUUAAAACAAGGAGAAGAAGGGGGAGAAGCGGAAGAAGCAAGUGGAUAAUGUCAACCCCGAGCAGAUUCAAAAAGGACAAAGAGAUUAUAGCGGAGUAUGAAAGCCAAGUGAAAGAGAUCCGAGCUCAACUCAUCGAGCAGCAGAAAUGCCUGGAGCAGCAGACUGAAAUGAGAGUGCAGCUCCUCCAGGAUCUGCAGGAUUUCUUCCGCAAGAAGUCGGAAAUAGAGAUGGAGUAUUCCCGAAAUCUGGAAAAACUGGCAGAGAGGUUCAUGGCAAAAACUAGAAGUACCAAAGACCAUCAGCAGUACAAGAAAGACCAGAACCUCUUAUCGCCAGUGAAUUGCUGGUACUUACUCCUGAACCAAGUGAGAAGAGAAAGCAAAGACCAUGCAACAUUGAGCGAUAUCUACCUGAACAACGUGAUCAUGCGGUUCAUGCAGAUAAGUGAAGACUCCACCAGAAUGUUCAAGAAGAGCAAAGAGAUUGCAUUUCAGCUUCAUGAAGACUUAAUGAAAGUUCUUAAUGAGCUUUACACAGUGAUGAAAACAUACCACAUGUAUCAUGCAGAGAGCAUCAGUGCAGAGAGCAAACUGAAGGAGGCAGAGAAGCAAGAAGAAAAACAAAUUGGAAGGUCAGGGGACCCUGUUUUUCAUAUUCGACUAGAAGAAAGGCACCAGAGACGGAGCUCUGUGAAAAAGAUUGAAAAAAUGAAGGAAAAACGUCAAGCAAAAUAUUCCGAAAACAAGCUGAAAUCUAUUAAGGCCCGUAAUGAAUAUCUGCUCACCCUUGAAGCAACCAAUGCUUCUGUUUUCAAGUAUUACAUUCAUGACCUUUCGGAUUUAAUUGAUUGUUGCGAUCUUGGAUACCACGCUAGUCUGAACAGAGCCCUAAGAACAUACCUUUCUGCAGAGUAUAACCUUGAAACUUCCAGGCAUGAAGGCUUAGACAUCAUUGAAAAUGCAGUUGACAGCUUGGAGCCACGAAGUGACAAGCAGAGAUUCAUGGAAAUGUACCCUACCGCUUUUUGUCCACCAAUGAAAUUUGAGUUUCAGUCUCAUAUGGGUGAUGAGGUUUGUCAGGUCACUGCCCAGCAACCUGUGCAAGCAGAGCUUAUGCUUCGCUAUCAGCAACUGCAGUCACGAUUGGCCACCCUCAAAAUUGAAAAUGAGGAGGUUAAGAAAACAACAGAGGCUACCCUGCAGACAAUACAAGAUAUGGUCACCAUUGAAGACUAUGAUGUGUCAGAGUGUUUCCAGCACAGCCGCUCAACGGAGUCUGUGAAGUCAACAGUCUCUGAGACAUACCUGAGUAAGCCCAGCAUUGCAAAAAGAAGAGCCAACCAGCAGGAAACGGAGCAAUUCUAUUUCAUGAAAUUCAGAGAAUAUCUGGAAGGUAGUAAUCUCAUCACAAAACUUCAAGCAAAACAUGACUUGCUGCAGAGGACACUUGGAGAAGGUCACAGGGCUGAGUACAUGACAACAAGGCCUCCAAAUCUUCCCCCUAAGCCCCAGAAACACAGGAAGCCCAGACCCCGAUCACAAUAUAGUGCUAAGUUGUUUAAUGGUGAUUUGGAGUCAUUCAUCAAGGAUUCAGGACAGGUCAUUCCUCUCAUCGUGGAAAGCUGUAUCAGAUUUAUCAACCUAUAUGGUCUUCAGCAUCAGGGAAUUUUUAGAGUGUCUGGUUCCCAGGUGGAAGUGAAUGAUAUUAAAAAUUCAUUUGAGAGAGGUGAAAAUCCUUUGGCAGAUGACCAAAGUAACCAUGACAUUAACUCAGUUGCUGGAGUACUGAAGCUCUAUUUCCGAGGGCUGGAAAAUCCUGUCUUUCCUAAGGAAAGAUUUAAUGAUCUUAUUUCUUGUAUCAGAAUAGACAAUCUCUAUGAGAGGGCUCUUCACAUCCGCAAACUCCUCCUUACUUUGCCCAGGUCGGUCCUUAUAGUGAUGAGAUACCUCUUCGCCUUCCUCAACCACCUUUCACAGUACAGUGAUGAAAACAUGAUGGAUCCGUACAACCUGGCCAUUUGUUUCGGGCCAACCCUGAUGCCUGUUCCAGACAUACAAGACCAAGUGUCUUGUCAGGCACACGUGAAUGAGAUAAUCAAAACUAUCAUCAUCCAUCAUGAGGCUAUUUUUCCGGAUGCUAAAGAACUUGAUGGCCCAGUGUAUGAAAAAUGCAUGGCUGGAGAUGACUACUGUGACAGCCCAUACAGCGAACAUGGUACAUUGGAGGAGGUGGACCAGGACGCGAGUACGGAGCCCCACACCAGUGAAGACGAGUGUGAGCCCAUAGAAGCUAUAGCCAAGUUUGACUACGUUGGAAGAUCUGCACGAGAACUCUCAUUCAAGAAAGGAGCUUCCCUGCUGCUCUAUCACCGAGCGUCUGAAGACUGGUGGGAAGGAAGGCACAACGGAAUUGACGGCCUUGUCCCUCACCAGUACAUAGUGGUGCAGGAUAUGGAUGACACUUUCUCAGAUACGCUGAGCCAAAAAGCAGACAGUGAAGCCAGCAGCGGACCCAUAACCGAAGACAAGUCGUCAUCAAAGGACAUGAACUCUCCCACUGACCGUCACUCUGAUGUGUAUUUAGGAAGGCAAAGAAAGAGAUCAGAACCUCCACCUCCUCUAAGACGCCCCGGCCGGAGCAGUGACGGUCACUGCCCAGUGCACCCACCUCACCCUCUCUCCAACUCAUCUGUGGAGCUGGGUUCCCCCAACCUGGCAACUCACUGCAGUCCCAGGGCCCUCCUUCAAAACCGCAGCCUCAACGCUGACAGCCCUGAGAGGAGGCGUAGACCUGGACACGGCAGUCUCACCAACAUCAGUAGGCACGAUUCUCUGAAGAAGAUUGAUAGCCCUCCAAUUAGAAGAUCUACAUCAUCUGGUCAGUACACAGGUUUCAAUGACCAUAAACCACUGGACCCAGAGUCAAUAGCUCAGGACAUCGAGGAGACGAUGAACACAGCGCUGAACGAGCUGCGUGAGCUGGAGAGGCAGAGCUCGGCCAAGCACGCUCCCGACGUGGUGUUGGACACCUUGGAGCAGAUGAAGAACACCCCCACCCCUGCCACCUCCACGGAGUCGCUCAGCCCUCUCCACAGCGUCGUUUUGAGGAGCUCCGAGCCCCAGAUCCGCCGCAGCACUAGUUCUUCCAGUGACACCAUGAGUACAUUCAAGCCCAUGGUGGCCCCGAGAAUGGGAGUGCAGCUGAAACCUCCUGCUCUUAGGCCAAAACCUAUUGUUCUUCCAAAAACAAAUCCUAGCAUCGGGCCUUCCCCUCCUUCCCAGGGUCCAGCUGACAAAUCUUGCACAAUGUAGACAGCUCAGCCACCCACAGUGCCCAGCUGGGGUAUGCUAGGGAAAAAGAUGGAUUAACGAUAGAAGUCAGGGCUCCGUAACAUUGUUUGUUCAUGUUUGUAACUGGAGAGGCUCUGGUUUCAGUGUUUUUGAAUGUAUUGUCUGAAACUAGCUACAUUAACAUGGGCAUUUGUAUUUUGUAUGGUUUCAAUUAAAAGAAAAACUGGACAAUUGUGCAUCGUUUUAAAAAACAAACAUAGACUUACUUGAAAUCUUGAUGCUGCACCAUUUCUAAUAAAAACAACACGGAUCACAAACAGCUUGCCACGUUGUACCAUACUUCACAGUCUUACUGUAGCUAUAUAAUAACAGAUCCUGCACAAAACUAGGGGGUGGGGGGGUCAGGGGAGGUGGGACCUCUGAUUUCUGGGUCACCAAACCAAAUCUCAAGCAGGUUAGUAAGAGCUGAAAUCUAGCAUGUGAGGAUUAAGUGUCUGUGUGGAAUGUCUAAGUCAUCUCAGGCCACAUUUCUUAUUUAAGACACACCAAAAAAAAAUAAAAAGAAACACCAAACCCUCACAACUCUCACAAUUGGCACCGAGCUUUAGCUUUCUUGUUGUCAAUCUCCUGAGAGACAAGUGGUGGAUGGAUCUGGAGAUCACAUUGCUCUCACCGAUAAAAAGCAGCAUUCCAGGUCACAGCUAAAGCACAUCUUCAGAAACUCCUUUUGCUGUCCUCUGUAAUAGCGUACCUUUUCCCGUGAAGCUAGACCUUCGUUCUCUGAUGUCACGUUUUUCACAAAAAGCUAAAUUCUUUUGAAGUUCAUAGUUGAGCAAGCCAGGCUCCGGGAGCACACGAACCCACUGGUCCAUUAGGCUGGCUGGUAGGCGAUUUAAAGGCUCAGCUUCACAGUAAUACAGCCAAGUAUCCUGUUGGCUUUGUUGCUCGUUGUCCGUAAAGGCACAAUUUGAGCUGGAGUAGUCGGAGUCCCGGGCUGACCCGGCUCCGCUGGCCGCCUUGCAGGGCAUGGACACCGCGCUCCUCGGCGGUGAGACGGGGGUGUCUGAAGAGGGGCUGCCUCCUGCCCGCUUCUGCUGCCUAGAUUCAAGUUGACUAAAGUUUUCCAUAACCACUUCCCCCUUUCCCGCUUCCCUUUAUAUUUUUUUAAACGGCAGAAAUCAGUACCUUUCUUAUGCCUGCGUGAGUGACGUCUGUCAACUUCGCUUAGCGCUCUGUUAAACUUUGUUAGGCGCGAACUAGUAUCUGUUUUGCACAUUGCAACAGUAAGCCAUAAUAUUAUUUCUGUGAAUACAUUUUCCAACAUCCAAUCCAUAAAAUAAGUUUCAGUGAAGAAGAUGGGGAAAAAAAAAAUCAAUUGUGGCUCACCUACAGGAGUACAACUGGCUUUAAGUAAGAUCUGUUUUCCAUGUAUUAUUUAAGAUCUCACUGUUGGAAAGCCUGAAGUUUUACCACUCGCCAUACAUAAAAAAUUGAGUAUGGGAGGGAAAAAGUAGUGACAAAAUUUGAUGGACAUAAUUACUGAGGUGACAGGAGUGAUUUCCUGUUGGUUUUUUUAGGAGUAAUUUGUUCCUGCUCUGGUUUCCACCCAGUAGAUAGGAAAUGCAAAGCCCCAGGUGUGAAAAGCAUCCCAUGAACCGCCUCUGAGAGCCAAACUGCUCCUGGUAUUUGCAAACCCAUCUCAAUCCAGCCACAGACUUCACGUGCAUCUGGGUUGAAGACGAAGUCUUAAUCCCCUGCAGCGGACUGUGCAGCAUCAGUUGGUGAGCACCCGGUCCCUGUGACCGUACUGCCUAGUCCUAAAGCCAGAGCGAGAGCCUAAGCCAGGCCAGCCCCAGCUGCAGACCAGCACUGGUCCGUAGGGUCUGUUCACUCGGUCGGGACCAGAGACGUUUUCAAGUAGUUCCCCAGUUUACUAGGAUCAGUGGAACAAACUGGAAUUUCAGCAUUCAUUUACAUGCAGUUUUAGUCUAGUGUUUUUAAAUUAACCCACCUGGCAUAAUUGAGAUGGAUACCUGUAUCUUUAAAUUGCAUAGGGAAUUUUGUAUGUUUAAAUAACUGUACUGGACUCCAUAAUGCUUAUAUUAGAAAUUGUUUAGCAAAAGAAAAUAUUAGAAACAGUGCAUUUAGUGAAUGCAUCCUCUUAGUGCAUUCACACAGUUAAAUGUGUAGUUUGAUGGUUAUUAUAGAUACUUAAAAGUAUAGUAAGUGGAUAUGUAACAGGAAAGACUGCUACAACUACAGACGUACUAAAGGGUAACUCCUGCACACCUAAUCCAAUCAGUAUUGUCCUUUACUGUCAAGUUUGAUGAAUUGCAGUACUGGUAGCUACCUGCUUGUUGACUGUUACCUAAUUGUGUCAAUGUACAUCUGUAGUAUGUACAUGUGAAAGUGCCUUUAAAUUUUAGAGGAGCUUUAGCCUUGCUCUUGUACUGUUGCAUUUCCAUUGCAUCCUUCCCUGUUCGUGUAUGGCUGCGUUCCCAUUGCAUUCCUUCCACUCUUGAAGAACAAAGAAAAACAUGGAAAUUUCACGGUUCUGGAAGAGAAAUGUACUGUUAAUCUGUUGUGACAAUGCACUUUUAUGUAUAGUACUGUACAUUUUUGGCAUGUACCAUUACAAGCUUCAGUAUACAUUCAGGUUUGUUCCUCAUACUGUACCUUUAUAAUAAAGAUGAUAGUUCUGUC